UCUCCACCAGCAGCUUCCGUUCUUGUCUGCUACUACCCACUGCUGCGUGUCUCUCUCACAACCAGCCAUGGAAAAAACAGGUGUAGCUCCUUUUCUCUCCUCCUCCUCCUCCUCUCUCUCUCUCUCUCUCUCUCUCUCUCGCGCGCGCGCGCCUUCCCUCUGAUCAAGACAAGGUUGUGAAUCUCAGUCACAAUCCGUGCAGAACUAGUACCGGCCGGAAUAUCCGGUAGCUCGAUCUCGUCUGAAAUCGGCCGGAAUCACCGGUACUCGCCGGUAUCAGAGCCGGAACGGUAUUUGAGGGAUAACUUACCGAUUUUACACAAAUCCGGUACGUACCGGCCGGGUGUUUGCAAGUGAGUUCUGAAAAUCAAAAUUGAAAGUCGAAGAAACGCUUCGAAAGCCUCUGGGCAUCACAGUCAACGAAGGGGUUAGCGGAAGGAAGAAAUGGGAAGGAGGAUACUGAACAACGCGUUGAGCACGAUUGCGAACGCCGAGAAGAGAGGGUUUGCCACUGCUCAACUCAAACCCAUUUCCAACGUCAUGGCCGCUUUCCUCAACAUUAUGAAAUACCGAGGUUACAUUAAAGAUUUCCAAGUACAUGAUCCUCACCGAGUUGGGAAGAUAACUGUGGAACUGCAAGGAAGGAUCAAGGAUUGCCGGGCUCUCAUGUAUAGGCAGGACAUUAAGGCCCAAGAUAUUGAGAAGUACAGAUUCAAUAAGCUUCCAACACAUCAGUGGGGCUAUGUCGUGAUUACAACACCAAAUGGAGUUUUGGAUCAUGAAGAGGCAAUCCGACAAAAUGUGGGUGGUCAGGUUUUGGGGUAUUUCUAUUGAGUAUUUGUUGGAUAUAUUUAGCAGGUGGCAAAGAAGGAGCUUUGUUUUCCUUGCCUUUUGCUUUGUACAAGAGUGUACUCCCCUUUCCAGCAGUGGGACAAUUCAUUAUAAGACUCAAAACUUCUCUUGCUAUACCUCCUAGGGUUCAAUUCCUAAGGAUUGUUUUCAUAUGCGGACACGGUGUUGAUUCAAGUUUCAUUCAUCCUUUAUGUUGAGUCUGUUUAGGUAUGACACAAGAUGUUUGGUUCUUGAAUAAAUCUAUGGUUUUGACA